AUGGCGUCGUCCAAUCCAUUCCGCAAGAGUGCUGCCUUUACGGUAGACACAGCUACCUUUCCAAACUCGACAUCCUCCGCCGCUGUUCGUUUCCCAGCUCUCGACUCGUUCGAAACAGCUUCUACUCCACCACCGCCGACUAGCUUCCAGCAAGCGGAUGCCUCAGCGAUUGACCACAGCUCCAAGGUCACUAAGAAGGUUCGGGUUCUUUCCCCUCCGCCGCUCUCCCCCGACCCUCCCGAAUGGGCAUAUACAUCGCCUUCCCUUGCGCAAUAUGCUGCGGACCAGCGUGGCGAGAACGACCCUUUCGAUGCGACAUCCACGGAUGAGAGCGAUCUCGAGAUGGUGGCGGCUGCUGCCCGUAACCAGGCCCUGACUGGCGGUCAGGGUGCGGGAAAUCCUUUCAGCAAGACAAUGCGAGAUCUUGAUUCGCCUGUUGCCGAACAGAAACUCGAGCAAGAGCGCAAAGAAGAAGGACAUGCGCUCAAGGUUGCCAAUAAAGCUAAACAAUCCUUGGAUGUCAACUCUUUCAAGCGGUUGCUCAUGACGGGCAACUCCGAGUCGGACAAGGCUUUGGGACAGUCAGAAAAAGACUCGAUACAUCACCCUUCUGUUUUUCGUAGAAAAUCACACGAAAUUCAAGAGGCAUCUCUUAUAUAUGCUUCCGACAUCCCAGAAGAUGAGAUUGGCCAAGAGAGUAUUUCUGACUCUAGUGCGUCAGCUCGGCUCAAUUCAAAAAGCAGCAAGAAACCACCACCGCCACCUAGCUCACGGCAUGGAAAGUCGAUUAAGCUGAACUUGGUUGGAAACCAGACACCCCCAGAAGCUCUUGCGACCUUAUCGCCAUCAGAAAUUAACAAACCGCCUCCGUCUGCUCCCAUCCGAAGAAGUUUGGAUGAGGAUGGCGAGUCACCAUUUGACCGUGAGGAGGCUGGCAAGUCCCCAGGGAUUGAUACAUCGCCGGGACCUUUAGGAGGUGAACGAAAAGCAGUCCCAGCACCACCUCCGCGAAGAGGGCAUGCGAGGGCAGAAAGCAAAGCGAAUGCCUCGCAGCAAUCCCUACAGAACGAUGAGAAUCUGUCACGAUCAUCGUCUAUGAGAACUCGGCCAGAACACAAACGUCAGAAUUCUCAGGCCGGAGCCCCUCCACCGCCACCACGGAGGUCGCAUGUCUCAAAGCAUUCCAUUCAGUUAGGUAUGAACUCCAGCUUUGCGGAUCUGAGCCAAUCGUCCUCUUCUCCAGCCCCGUCUCUGGACGUUGACUUGAGUACGACUUCGACUCCAUCACAGCUGCGUCAAACCUCGACGCUUGACCUGGCCUCCCCUCGAGAUGGACAUUAUCCAACAUCAAAGUCUUCGGCUCCUCCACCACCACCUGCGCGAAAUACUUCUGUCAGGCGACCUGCUAGUAUUCGAAGUGUUGAUAGCAGCAGACGAGUUUCAUUUGAAGCAAAACCUCACAAUCAAAUGGCUCCACCUCCACCUCCUCGAAGGCAACGAGGCAGCAGUAAAGGCAGCAUAGACGGGCCAAGAAGGACAAGUAUUGAUAGUGUAGGCAAGACUGGAUCUAGUCAAGUUCCCGAGCAGGAACCUGACGCGGUGCCAGAGAUGAUUGGUUCAGGUCACACAUCACCGAAAUCAACGAAUAAGCCAGGAAAGAGCUUUGACAUUCUAGCUGAUCUCGACGCCCUUCAAAGGGAGGUAGAUGCAUUGAGGGGGAAACUAGGGUGA